AUGUUUAACUCUCCCUUGAAACCUGUUGUUAAGAGACGAGUGAAAAAGCAAUCAGCCACCAUUCGUCAUCAUAGCCAACGAUCCGAAGACUCCAUUUCUCUAUUUGAUCCCAUGCCACCCAAUACUGAUGACACUACUUCCGAAAUGAAAUCAAAGCCUUAUCGUCUGGAUUCCUAUAUUUCCUAUUCGUCCCGAUUAGCCAAAAAACAUCAAUCAUCAUCAACAGUUUCUUCUUCUCAAUCCAUAACGUUAGAAGAAGACUCUUCCUUCGCUCUCCAUCAUGAACUCAUGUUCCGAAAAUUCAUUCCUCUCGAGAAACAUUUUCGAAUGAAUUAUCAACAAGCUCAUUACAGAAAAGUGUGUAGCAAAGCCUUGCUUCAGACCCGACUGAUACCCAAUUUAGAGGAAUUCGCUUCUUCAGGUGAUGCAACCAUAAGCACGCCACUUUCUUCCUCAUUGGAACCUUAUUCUCCAUUCUCGCCAUUCUCUCCAUCAUCAAUCACAAGCUCCUCUUCUUCUUCUACCUUUUCAAAUUCUUUGCAUACUUUGAACUCUCCUUCGAAAGGAUCAAUGAUCAGCAAUGGUCGUCAUUGUACUACUAGUAGUAAUCUUACUCCAAAGAAAUUAAAAAACUCUUCAAAAAAGAGGGAUGGGCGUUUCUCUCCGGCCAUGUCUUUCCAUUACAAGGGAAGAAUGGGUUUUACCAGCAUGCUGUUUAUGGAGAGGUGUGGUAUUUCCAUGUCUCCUCCUGUUCUUGUGGCUGGAGAUGCCAAGGGAUCAAUUCAAUUAUUUUCCAUUGGAGACUAUUGCCACAGUGGUGGAAGCAACAGCUCUAAAAAAGUAAUUGAAAAACCUUGUUUGAAAUUUUCGAUACCUAUGAGGUCCUUUGUGAAUAGAAUUUGCACGACAAAGAGCGGAGCAUGUUUGGUGGCGAGUGACGACUCAACCUUGUUUUUUUAUGACUUGUGCCGACAAGUGACAGGAAGUCAUCAUCCAACCAUAAAAUUCGAAGGUCACACUAAUUACUUGACAGAUGUGAAGAAGAACACCUUUGAAAAUUUAUUUAUGAGCUCAUCGAUGGACAAGACUGUGAAAAUAUGGUCACCUCAAACCUCAAAAUUUGUAUUUUCCUUAAACAUUAAGGAAUAUGUCAAUUCGUGUUGUUGGAUGCCCAACAGUAAUCAUUACAUGCUUACUUGCUCUCAAAAAGUCAUUACAACACCUUGCUCCGAGAGCUGUAUCAAAAUUUGGGAUUUAAGGAAAUUAUCGAGUCAUGUCUGUGAAAUUAUUCAGAAUGGAAAAUUCAACGAGUUACGUUCGUCUGCCUCCACUUACAAUGAUGCCGAUUCUGAAAGUGAGGAUAGUGAUGAUAGUUUUUCAGGAUCUUCAUUGUUUGGAUUUUGGUCUGCCACGUCAAAAUCGAGACAAUCGAAACAAAGCGCAGCCAUAACAAGUUUUGGAGGAACUUUAGAAGUAGAGUCCUCCGAUUAUUAUGACUCGACCACACAAAUGUAUGUGGAACCAUUCAUACCACAUAGAGUCUCGGAAAAGAUUUUUGACAUUCAAUUCUUGGACGAUUCACAUUUGUUGUCCACAUCACCUUUUUGUAGUAAGAUUUGGCGAAUACAUGAAUUGUGUGGAAUUAAUGGUAAUAAUAAGAAUGAACUCAACUCUAUGAAUGUGACUGGUCUGUGCACUCUCUCACACAAAUAUUACUCCGAUUAUGAUGACACUUCCGUUCAAUCUUGUAACGUUGUACCUACGAUUCAUUUGCAAACAGGUCAUUUGGUGAAAGGUUGCAAAGAUGGAAAUUUAUACGUUUGGAACUUUGCCAUUCACACUCCCAACACAAAUAAGAGAACGAAUUUUACCACUCGGAUCAAACCAGCUCAUUCAUCGGCGAUUCGUUCUGUUUGCUUUAGCAAUGAAGGUGAUUUAUUUGCAUCGUGUGAUCAAUUAGGUCAUUUGAACAUUUCAUCCAUUUAUGACGGUACCACAUGCGACUCCAUGAUGGAUGACCGAUGCAUGAGCAUGAACGACAGUACCCUCUUGAUGGAUAUGAACUGCAGCUUUGAUUCUUCCUCAACUAGUCAUCACAAUACUUCUCAGAUUAGUGUUGACAUGAGCUCAAUAUUUUUGGAAGAAAAGAGUUCCACCAACACGACCAACAUCACCACGACGCAAUUAUCAGCAAUAGCCAGUGGUAGUAGUGGCAGCAACACUAUUGGAGAUGGAAGAGAUUUUGAACAUUCUCACAACAUUUACACAGAAAAUAAUUUAUUGACCACUAGUCCGCAAAAGAGGUCGAAAGAUGUCGAGCUCGACAAAACAUCCUCAAGACGAAAGAAAAAGAAGAAAUAA